ACAAUGACCGAUACUCAAGAAAGUGUUGUGAUAAACCAAAAUACUAAUGGUCAGAUAUUUGGAUUCUUAAGGAGAUUAGUGAACAGCUGUAUUGCAAGUGAAUGGUCUUUUAACAAAACCAUCGCGGUUGUGGUUGUUGUUGGGGCGGCUCUGUACCAAUAUCACGCCAUCCAAUCCCGAGAAGCCCGCUUUGAAACAACUGUGGAGAAAAUGCUUGAUAAAAAGGAACAAGGAUCCAAAACUUUCAUCAAGGAGGCUAUCAAAGAGUCCGAGACUAACGUGCUUAGAAGACUGUUUGAAUGUAAUUCCUAUGGAACUAUGGAAAAAAUGCUUGAUAAAAGGGAUCAAGGCUCCAAAACUUUCAUCAAGGAGGCUAUCAAAGAGUUCGAGACUACAUUGCUAAAAAGACUGUUAGUGGGUAAGAACUGUGCCGAGCUUUAUAAAUCUGGUGAAAUAACCAGCGGUAUUUAUAAAAUCAACCCGGAUAAUGCUUUACCUGACUUUAAAGUGUUUUGUGACCAAAAAAACGCCGGCGGGGGAUGGACAGUGGUCCAAAGGAGGCUAGACGGCUCUUUGGAUUUCGACCGCAACUGGUCUGACUACAGGAAUGGCUUUAAUUUGGUAACUUUGAUAGCGAGUUUUGGUUAG